CACAUAAAACGCUGCGCUGCCGGCGGAAUCCCCGGCUUCCGAGGCGGCGAGUGGCCGGGCCGGGUUUGGAGCGUGCGGGGCGGGAAAGAAGAGUUGAGCCGCCGCUCGGGCGCCGGGCUCCGUCGCCGGCCGCAGUCCCCGGGUCGCUCUCCCGUGCCUGGCCCGCAGGCACCCUGGCCGUGGGCACCUGCGGGGCGCGCGGCGCGGGGCCGCUGGGCGGCGGCGGCGGCGGCAUGAAGGUCACGUCGCUCGACGGGCGCCAGCUGCGCAAGAUGCUCCGCAAGGAGGCGGCGGCGCGCUGCGUGGUGCUCGACUGCCGGCCCUACCUGGCCUUCGCCGCCUCGAGCGUGCGCGGCUCGCUCAACGUCAACCUCAACUCGGUGGUGCUGCGGCGGGCCCGGGGCGGCGCGGUGUCGGCGCGCUACGUGCUGCCCGACGAGGCGGCGCGCGCGCGGCUGCUGCAGGAGGGCGGCGGCGGCGUGGCGGCCGUGGUCGUGCUGGACCAGGGCAGCCGCCACUGGCAGAAGCUGCGCGAGGAGAGCGCCGCGCGCGUCGUGCUCACCUCGCUGCUCGCCUGCCUGCCGGCCGGCCCGCGAGUCUACUUCCUCAAAGGGGGAUAUGAGACCUUCUACUCAGAAUAUCCUGAGUGUUGUGUGGAUGUGAAACCCGUUUCACAAGAGAAGAUCGAAAGUGAGAGAGCCCUCAUCAGCCAGUGUGGAAAACCCAUGCUAAGCAUCAGCUACAGGCCAGCUUAUGACCAGGGUGGUCCAGUUGAAAUCCUUCCCUUCCUCUACCUUGGAAGUGCCUACCACGCCUCCAAGUGCGAGUUCCUCGCCAACUUGCACAUCACAGCCCUGCUGAAUGUCUCCCAGCGGACCUCCGAGGCCUGCACGACCCACCUACACUACAAGUGGAUCCCCGUGGAAGACAGCCACACGGCUGACAUUAGCUCCCAUUUUCAAGAAGCAAUAGACUUCAUUGACUGUGUCAGGGAAAAGGGAGGCAAGGUCCUGGUCCACUGUGAGGCCGGGAUCUCCCGGUCGCCCACCAUCUGUAUGGCUUACCUCAUGAAAACCAAGCAGUUCCGCCUGAAGGAGGCCUUCGAGUACGUCAAGCAGAGGAGGAGCAUGAUCUCGCCCAACUUCGGCUUCAUGGGUCAGCUCCUGCAGUAUGAAUCCGAGAUCCUGCCUUCCACGCCCAACCCCCAGCCGCCGUCCUGCCAGGGGGAGGCCGCGGGCUCUUCGUUGACAGGCCACUUGCAGACACUGAGCCCCGACGUGCAGGGCGCCUACUGCACGUUCCCUGCCUCGGUGCUGGCCCCGGUGCCCACCCGCCCGGCAGUGUCAGAGCUCUGCAGGAACCCUGUGGCCACAGCCACCUCCUGCUGAAACUGGGAUGGGAGAGCCAGCCCGGCCCCAAGAGCAACUGUGAUUUUGUUUCUUAAACUCGCGGACAUUUCAUACCUGUGCAAUACUGAAGGCCUCGCUCUGUGCCGCUGCCCCGGUGAGACGGUGAGUGGUCACCGGGCUUGCAGGGGACGUCACACUGGCCUCGGAGAUAGGUUCUCGGGACCGAAGGAAGGCCAAGCCAUUAGGAGAGCACAGGCGUGCUUGACUACUGUACCUCCAGACCCCCGGCCCCGUCGGGGUGCACAGUCCUCACACCUCAGAGUUCGCCUUUUCAUUUCAAGCGUAAGGCAAUAAACACCUGCAGCAGCGGGGGAGACCCGGAGAAACGGCAGUUACGGAAGCCAGUUCGUUUGGAAGGAAGCACAAUUGCCACCUUAUUUUUUGGACUUUGGCAGUUUCAGUGUCUGUUUCUGUUGCUUCAGGGCAUAAGCUGAUUAUCAUCUCGUCAGGAAAGCCACCCUCCUGGGUUUGUAGGGACACGAUACAUACAUAUAUAUGUAUGUGCUGAUCUGAACCCGGAAACGUUUUUGAGAUUCCUUCGUGGGGGGAGACAGGUGGUUGGAGCAGCAAGACGUUGGCUUUUCCGGGUCUCUCUUCCACUGUGGGUUCUUCCCUGACCUUAGACUCUGGCAUUCUUACUCAUACUUGAACCUGUCUCGUUGCACCUCUCCUCAAAGAAACUCUUCCUUUGAAAAGAGUUUUUCAGACCACAGACCAAAAAUCACCCCUUAGAGGUGGUGGCAGCAGGUGCCAGGCGGAAGAGUACCUGCUGGGUACUCCGGGUCAGUGGCGUUGACGACGGUGGUUUCCUCAGCUCACUGUCCUUGUGCUCUGUGCUUGUGUCUCCUCUCUUGUGACAGUUGUUUUCCUCCCUGCCCCUGGGGGUUGUCUUUAAGCUUUCGACGUCUGGGAUUUGCAGAUGCUGCAAUGUAACGUGGUACUACUAUUUUUGUCUGUAGGUUACGUCUCCAGGGGAAAAGGCAAUAAUUUUUUAAAACCCAUAUGAAUGUGAAGAAAAGCAGUAUGUUACUGGUUGUUGUUGUCGUCGUCAUCAUUUUUUAUAGUGUAAAAUAAAAAUAGGAAAAGGAAAAA